CAACACCAUAUCCACCGCCAACCCUAGCAGGCUGCACAAAGUCAACGUUCUGUAUACCACCACAACACCAGCAAUCAUCUAAACAUUUCGAGACAUCCAACCCUCAUCUCCAAUAUGGCAAUCGACGUUCCCGACACAACCUUGUCCGCAAACGACACACGUAUACUGAACGCGCUUUUCGACCCAGAAACUCUCCCCUCCUCAGUCGCAAAAUCAAAAGACGCAGCCGCAAUCAACGCCUCAUUACCGCCACAUCCAAGCAUAUCCCCCGCCCAAAUAUCAGACCUCGAAAAGCAACAGAACGAAAUCGUCCAGCAAGUAUCCAGCAGAUCCAACACCGAGGCCAUAAACGCUGCAAUUGCCCAAUUAGACGAAGCGAUAUCGAACUGGCCAAACUACCCUAGCGCAUACGUGAACCGUGCAAUGCUACGAAGAAUGAAAAUAGAAGCCUCGUUACAAGAUGAUCAGACCAUCUUCUCAUCAUCAUUGUCACCACCCUCGGAAAUCGAAGCCCUAUUCACAGACCUCGCCCGCGCAAUUCACCUCUCGCUCCCCGCGUCCUCACUAACAGCUCCCGUAUCGCCCUACCAAGCACGCAUUCUACGCACAGCGUACUCGCAUCGCGCGUACCUGUAUUUGAAGGCCGUUGAGACAGGUACGCAGCUGAAAGGUCUAGGCAAGAGUGAAUUGGAGGAGCUAGCGUCGAGAGAUUUUGCUGCUGCGGCGAGGUAUGGGGAUGAGGUUGCGCGGGAGAUGAGUGUUCGGACAAACCCGUAUGCGAAGAUGUGUGGGGCUAUUGUGAGGAAUGCUUUGAGGGAGGAGAGAGAGGGUGAUGGGGCGUGAUUGAGGUGAUUGAGGUGAGGUGAGAGAACUGGCAACGUAGUCUGUAUUGUGAGGUAAGUGGUUAAUUAUCAAUCAGUAAAGUCACGACAGAGGAGAUCGUACACCACGUUGAGUAGAUUGGGGGCGGACGUUAUCAUUCUUGUGGCCUCGUUAGACCUGCCUUGUACGCUCCUAGGAGCAAUAGUACAAGGCACUCAUGUAGAAAUUAGUCCUAGCCCCAUGCAAAAAUAACCCGUC